AUGAAAAGUCUUGAACCUAUUAUAGCUGGGGCAGACAUAGCGUUUACUAAAAUGCUAUGGUAUCCUACUAUAGCGUUUUUCAAACGCUAUCAAUGAAAGUUUAUGGUGUAGUGCUCCUCCUCUCCGUCUCUGUGAUGGGGAGGAGGAGCCGCCACCCAUCCUCUACCCCCAAUCCUUGAUCUUUGUCACUACCCUACGGAAUCCCUCAAUCCGACAAGGGUGGAGCCUAGAUCAGGGAAAUUUCCACAACCUUUCAAACACUUGGGAUUGAGAGAACCCAGAAAACCCACACACCUCAAAGUUUUUGGUGCCACCCACCUAUCUGGAUCGGUGUUAUGGCUCUAAAAGUUGCAUCUCCACACCGAUCUAAAUGGAUCAUCCUCAUCAAUCUUCAUCACUAUGAACAGGUUUCCAAGACCUCGACCUUCGGCCUGCUCAUUGAACCUACCAGGUAAUGUGGUAGAUUUUCCUGCACUCUCGGUCGUUAAUAAUGUGGAUGUCAUGAGAGUAGUCAUUGUUCGUCGUGGACGUUUUGUUGCUCGAGUACGUGACCAGCCGAUACCUGCAGACCCACCUCUUCCUCAUAUCCUUGGCUUUCCCCUGCUUGGAGAUCCCAUAGAUCCUAAUGUUGUUAAUGAUAAUGAAGAACUUGUGCUGUUGGCUGGAUGGAUCGCUCCUAACGCUGAUGUUCCUGGUCUGGUUGAGAAUGAGCCACCUGGAGAUCCCGUAGAUCCUAAUGUUGUUAAUGAUAAUGAAGAACUUGUGCUGUUGGCUGGAUGGAUUGCUCCUAACGCUGAUGGUCCUAGUCUGGUUGAGAAUGAGCCACCUGUUCUUGAAGGUGAGUUGCCACCUGUUCUCGAAGGUGAGUUGCCACCUGUUCUUGAAGGUGAUUUGGCUCCAGCUCCCAAAGGUGGUUUGCCGCCGGCUCCCAUUGGCGGGUUAGUUGCUUCCACUAUGAAUACUGCUGCAAAUGCAGCUUCUGCUAUGCUGGUCGCUGCCGCAAAUGCAGCUUCUGCUACGCCUGUGGCUGCUGCGAAUGCAGCUUCUGCUAUGCUCGUGGCUGCUGCCACUGCAGUUUCUGCCAAGCUCGUGGCUGCUGCCACUGCAGCUUCUGCCAAGCUCGUGGCUGCUGCGACUGCAGCUUCUGCUUUGCUCCUGGCUGCUGCGGAUGAAGCUUCUGCUUUGCUCAUGGCUGCGUCGUCAGUUCUCACUACUGCUGAGACAUUUCCAGUUUGGCUGGUAUCGUUGAUAGUGGGAUUUUCAUUUGCACUGUCAAUUUCAAAUGCGGCUUAUAUUCAUUUUUUCUUGGAUAUUUGUUUUGGAGCCAUGUGGAGCUUUGCUUAUGAUCGUAUCCUCCAUCACUUUCUUCCAUCGUCUCGCUCUCUUCCUCGUGGUACAUUUUCUGGGUGGGUUUCGAUGGCUGUUAUCUGGAUGCGUCGGUUUUAGACCUAUGCCAACCAUUUCAAUAGCACAAUCAUCGUACCAUUUUGUUCCCAAAACAACCGUUCCCCCUCCUCCUCGUCUCCAUGAUGGGGAGGAGGAGUCGCCAACCUAUCCGCUUCACACAACCCUUGAUUUCUCUCAUUACCCUACGGAAACCCUCAAUCCAACAGUGGAGCCUAAAUCUACAACCCUUCGAUCAAACCAAUGUUUCAAUUGGAAUCAAGGGACCUCAAUUUUUUGGUGCCGCCCAUAUGUAGAUCUGAUAGGGCCCAAUUUUUGAUGGUUGCUACUCUAAUAUGACUCUAAAUAUUAAUUUACCUUCCCUCGCUUCUGGGUAU